UCGUUCAGAGUCACCCUCUGUUGUAACUAGUAGGUCUUUCCUGUCAAACGGGUCUUCGUACGUAGUUCCUGUUUACCGUGACGACUGCUCGGUUGUCAGAACAUGAAGUCAGAGAGCAAUGAUUUGGAGUUGCACUCCCAUUAGUAAGCAUUUAUACAGUCUACCACAAUCGAUAUUAGAACAAGCGUAUAAGAAGAUUGACUAAAGAGAAGCUGGACAUAUUGAACGAGUGAACGAUUUCGCAAAGAAUGUAAAACAAUGGCGGUGAGCCAGCCCAGCAUCCGCCGCUGGACCACCAAGCACGUGGCAAAGUGGCUGAAGGAAGAAGGGUUCAGUGACUAUGUGGACCUUCUGUGCAACAGGCACCAGCUGGACGGCACGUCCAUCCUGACUCUGACAGAGUAUGACCUUCGGUCCCCUCCCUUGGAGUUGAAAGUACUGGGAGACAUCAAGAGGCUUAUGGUUUCCAUUCGCAAACUCCAGAAACAGAACAGCGAUGUUUUAGAAGAGCUGGGCUACACUUAUGAAGGGUGGCUGUCUGGCUCAGGGGCACACAGCCCGAACUCUAUACAGGGCAGCGACUGGCUGUAUAACGGGGACCCAGCCAGAGACUCGGAUGAACCAGUCGCCAGCCUAAGCGCCGACCAGUACCAACAGUAUACUAAUGGGAAAUAUAAACAGCAUACACGGAGACUGGACCCAGAGUACUGGAAGACCAUUUUAAGUUCUGUUUAUGUUGUCUUUGUGUUUGGGUUUACGUCCUUUGUCAUGGUUAUAGUCCAUGAGCGGGUGCCUGACAUGCAAACCUACCCCCCAUUGCCAGACAUAUUCUUAGACAGUGUACCAAGGAUACCAUGGGCCUUUGCUAUGGCUGAAGCCUGUGGUGUGGUCCUGUGCAACAUUUGGUUGUUGGUGUUGCUACUUCACAAGCACAGAUCAAUUCUUUUACGCCGCUUGUGUAGUCUCAUGGGCACAGUCUUCAUGCUGCGCUGCAUUACAAUGUUUGUGACUUCCCUCUCGGUGCCUGGCCAACAUUUGCAGUGUUCUGGAAAGCUAAACAGCGACAUGUGGGCAAAACUGAAGCGUGCGGUGGCCAUUUGGAGCGGUUUUGGAAUGACGUUAACGGGAGUCCAUACCUGUGGGGAUUACAUGUUCAGUGGUCACACAGUAGUCCUGACUAUGCUGAACUUCUUUGUAACAGAGUAUACUCCAAGAGGCUGGAACUUUAUACACACCUUGUCUUGGGUUCUGAAUCUGUUUGGCAUCUUCUUUAUACUAGCAGCCCAUGAACACUACUCAAUAGAUGUCUUCAUUGCUUUUUAUAUCACCACAAGACUGUUUUUGUACUACCACACACUAGCGAACACCAGAGCCUAUCAGCAGAGCCGCAGAGCCAGGAUCUGGUUCCCCAUGUUCUCCUUUUUUGAGUGCAACGUUAACGGACCAGUGCCCAAUGAAUACUGCUGGCCCUUCUCUAAACCUUCCAUACUGAAAAGAUUAAUCGGCUAGAGCCAACUUCAGUGUGAUGUUCUGUGGCCCAUAUUUGAAACCACUGACAGUUAUGCAACCGCUCCUGAAUAGUGGUCAUGAAAUAUUUAAGUUCUUGACAUUGUUUUGCCAAGAUUAUGUAUUAUUAGACCUAAGACAAAAGAGGUGCUUUAAGAUUGCAUUUAGGGAUCCAGUUAGGUUACACUUAGGGCUGCAUAUCUGGCCCAGUGGAAUAAAACAGCCAAGAAGCCACUAAUGGCAGUCUCUCUACAAAACAAACUAAUAAGUUAUCAUGGUUUUGAUUUUUCAUUUACUCUGUCAAGAGCAGGGUUAGGCCUUAGGGUUAUAGUUAGCUUUUUGUUUACCCUUUGACUUUGAAGCUUUUUAAAUGAGUUUUGGUUCUACAUAAUCUCUGUGAAUCCUAUGGAAAUGUAUGUUCAUGUUGUUUUAAAAUUGUAAAAAUUUGAACCAAAUGUAUAGAAAAAAUAAUGCAGCAUUACUGAAAAUAUUGGGGGUCGAAUAUAUUUGGUUAAUUUAGGUAAUGUAUGGUCGGUUGGGGUGGAAUUAUAUACUCUUACAGUGCCCACUGUGCAUUUCAAAAUUGUUACUAUGGUGCUGGUAUUGGAAAUCUCCAUAUUUAUAUUUUACCCUAGAUAGCAACAUCAUUUUUUUAGUUUCAUGGGGCUGUUUACUAGACUCAGAAAGCAAAUCUGUUUAUUGUCAUCAGCUUGACCUAUUUGUUUAAGCAUAGUCAAACUCUAAUAGUGUUAGGAUUGAACCAAAACAUAACCAACCUUAGUGUAAUGUUCAGUUUAUCCAAUACACUAGCAGUAUUAUAGAGAGAAAGCCAAUUGUUUUACUAACUUUAUGCAGAUUUUAACUUAUUACAGUCGGCGCCGCCUAAUCGGGAUCCUGAUAAUCGUGAUUUCUGCUUAAAUAGGAUAAAACUCUGGGAGACGGUUUUUCCCAAUACUAUUUAUGUCGUUUAAUUGGGAUACAUUAUUUUCAAAUGAUGAAUGAAGAUCGCGUUUCAGAGCAAGACAGGUCAUGUAUCACAUAGCAGUGAAUACGUGAUUACGUUGUGACUUGUGUAAAGUGCGUAAACCACACCUGUGGUUUCUCAGGCUGCUGUUGCAAAGAACGCUGGCGUGUCAACAUCACAGGUGCGAUUCAUUUUGUUUAGGAAUAAAAAGUAAAAAAAACAUUGACUUGUUUUUUUUUUAAUUAUGUAUUUAACAUUUAAUUAGAAAUAUUAUGAUUUCAUUCUUUUUCUUUAUCUUAAGUAUCAAAAAAGUGUGACUAAGGUCAUCUCAACUGCCUCUCGUUUAAUUGGGACAGCUGCUUAUUCAGGAUAUUUUUCCUUCUCCUGAGGCAUCCCGAUAAAGCGGUGCCGACUGUACAAUCUAUCUAUGUUAACUAUUAAUGUUAAAUAAUAUAUAUAUAAUUAUUAAUUUAAUUAUUAGUUUCGUGUCAGUUUAAUUUCUGCCUAAAAUGAAAAGUGAUAAGAAAUAAAACAGGAAAAGUUCUACAAUAAACUUUCAAUUUUUUGUGAAAUGUUUCUCUGUCAGGAGAGAGUAAGAUUGCUUAGAAGUAUGAUUUGAAAAAACUGCUGGAGCAAUCUUCAAGAGUAAGUAGCUUUUCAGUCUUUAAGAGCCAGCAUCAUCUAGUGAACAGGCA